AAAAUGAGAUAGAUCCUGCUGUUUACAAAAACAAAAAAAGGAGAGAUAGAUCCUGCUACAAGGACGCCACGACUGCAACUUACACUAAGCGUUGUCUGUACACGUGUAGGUCAUGCCUUGGUGGAUCUUUUACGCCGACGACACGACAGCACCGCGCGUCAAGCGCCGUGUCGCACGCGUCCUCUUCUCUCGACACCGGCCACGAUAACGGAGUAUAUAACUAAGCAGUAGAAUGGGCGUGGCACGAUUGCGAAGCCAAUUUGCUCUGCUCUUUCGGAGAAGAGGGAACCACUGCACGAACUAGCUAGAAACCGAGCACAGACCGGAAUAACAAUGGCGCAGGCGCAGCCAAGGAGACAAGACGAUCCGCUGCAGGCGCAGCAGGGCAAUAAGGCUCAGCAAGACGAGGGCCUGCAGCCGGAGGAGGCGGCCAUCAGGUAUGGCCACGUGUUCGCCGUCUCAGGAGACCUCGCGGGGCAACCCAUCGGGCCGCGCGACGCGGCCGCCAUGCGGUCCGCGGAGGACAGCGUGGCAGGCGUCCAGGUCCCGCAGGGCGCCGGGGGCGGCUUCAGCGCCGCGACCGCCAUGGAGACGGCCGCGGCCUACAACCAGGCCGUCGGCGCCGUGCACCCGGGGCAGGCCAGCGACACCGCGGCCAUGCACGGCAUCGCCGUGACCCAGACCGCCGUGCCGGGCGGCCGCAUCGUGACGGAGUUUGUGGCGGGCCAGGUCGUCGGGCAGUACUCCGUGGCCGACCCGCCGCCGCCAGCGGAGGAGGACGCGACCAAGAUCACGAUCGGCGAGGCGCUGGAGGCGACGGCGAGGGCCGGAGGCGGGCGCCCCAUCGACCGUGCCGACGCGGAGGCCAUCCGCGCCGCGGAGAUGAGCGCGCAUGGGGCGGACGUUGCCAUGCCCGGUGGCCUCGGCGACCAGGCGCGGGCCGCGGCGCGCGCCAACGCCCAGGCCACGCGCGACGGCGACAAGGUCAAGCUCGGCGACGUCCUCUCGGACGUGACAGCGAAGCUGGCGGGCGACAAGGCGGCGAGGACCGAGGACGCGACGAGGGUGGUGCAAACCGAGACUUUCAACGACGCGGAAGCGCGCGCCAAGGCUGGCGGGGUGGGAGCGGCGCUCACCACGGCGGCGAGGCUCAACGAAGACAACGACCUAAGCGGCGACACUUGAAUUGAAUGCGGUUCCACGCCACGUCACGACUCUCUGUGUAUAGUAGUACGGAGUACUUGUAGUAUAUUGUUAGCACGUAGCAGUACUAAUGUAUAAUUAGCAAGAUCCAAGGAUCGGAGUAUGCAAGCAUGUGUAAUAGCAAGUCUGGCACUAUAGCUAUGAAAGGAUAAUAAAACGUCAGUUCCAUGCA